CAAGCGGUUUCAAACGGCUUGGAGAAGGCCCCUCGGUUCUGACCCGGCGGAGGAAAAACUGGAAGCACAAUGGGAGAUGACAGUGAGUGGUUGAAACUGCCAGUAGAUCAGAAAUGUGAGCACAAGCUGUGGAAAGCAAGGUUAAGUGGGUAUGAAGAGGCCCUGAAGAUCUUCCAGAAAAUAAAGGAUGAAAAGAGCCCAGAAUGGUCGAAAUUUUUAGGAUUGAUCAAAAAAUUUGUCACUGAUUCCAAUGCAGUGGUUCAAUUGAAAGGAUUGGAAGCUGCACUUAUUUAUGUUGAAAAUGCCCAUGUAGCAGGAAAAACCACAGGAGAGGUUGUAUCUGGUGUUGUAAGUAAAGUGUUCAACCAACCUAAAGCCAAAGCCAAGGAGCUAGGCAUAGAGAUUUGUCUCAUGUACAUAGAGAUUGAGAAAGGAGAGGCUGUGCAAGAAGAGCUCCUAAAAGGCCUGGACAAUAAGAACCCCAAGAUCAUCGUGGCCUGCAUAGAGACAUUGAGGAAAGCCUUAAGUGAAUUUGGUUCCAAAAUCAUCUUGCUUAAGCCAAUUAUCAAAGUGUUGCCAAAACUCUUUGAGUCUCGAGAGAAGGCUGUUCGAGAUGAAGCCAAACUAAUUGCUGUGGAGAUUUACAGAUGGAUUCGGGAUGCUCUGAGACCCCCAUUACAAAAUAUAAACUCUGUCCAGUUGAAAGAACUAGAAGAAGAGUGGGUCAAACUGCCAACAGGUGCUCCUAGACCAACUCGGUUUCUGCGUUCCCAACAAGAACUAGAAGCUAAAUUGGAACAGCAACAUUCUGCUGGUGGAGAUGCUGAGGGAGGUGGUGAUGAUGGCGAUGAGAUGCCACAGAUAGAUGCUUAUGAGCUUUUGGAAGCAGUAGAAAUCCUUUCCAAACUUCCCAAAGACUUUUAUGACAAAAUUGAGGCAAAAAAAUGGCAAGAGAGAAAAGAGGCCCUGGAAGCUGUAGAAGUACUAGUGAAAAAUCCCAAACUGGAAGCUGGCGAUUAUGCAGAUUUAGUAAAAGCAUUAAAAAAGGUUGUUGGAAAGGACACCAAUGUCAUGUUGGUGGCUUUGGCAGCAAAAUGUCUUACUGGUCUGGCAGUUGGGCUAAGGAAGAAAUUUGGACAAUAUGCAGGACAUGUUGUGCCAACUAUUUUGGAAAAAUUCAAGGAGAAGAAACCUCAAGUGGUACAAGCCCUGCAGGAGGCAAUUGAUGCAGUCUUCCUUACUACCACGCUACAGAACAUCAGUGAAGAUGUUUUAGCAGUAAUGGAUAAUAAAAAUCCAACCAUCAAGCAGCAGACAUCUCUUUUUAUUGCAAGAAGCUUCCGCCACUGCACUGCUUCUACCCUCCCAAAGAGCUUGCUAAAGCCCUUUUGUGCUGCUCUACUUAAGCAUAUCAAUGAUUCUGCUCUGGAAGUCAGAGAUGCUGCAUUUGAAGCAUUGGGUACUGCUUUAAAGGUGGUUGGUGAGAAAGCAGUGAACCCAUUCUUAGCUGAUGUGGACAAACUCAAGCUUGAUAAGAUCAAAGAAUGUUCAGAAAAAGUAGAACUGGUACAUGGUAAGAAAGCUGGACUAGCAGCUGAUAAGAAGGAAUUGAAAACUGUGCCGGGAAGGAAUGCUGCUUCAGGGGCUGCAGGAGAUAAGGACAUGAAGGACAUUUCAGCCCCCAAACCAGGACCCUUAAAAAAGGCACCUGCUACUAAGGUUGGUGGGCCACCUAAGAAGGGGAAACCAGCUGUACCAGGAGGCACAGGGAGCGCUGGAACCAAGAACAAGAAAGGACUGGAGACCAAAGAAGUAGUGGAGCCUGAGCUCUCAAUAGAAGUAUGUGAAGAAAAAGCUUCAGCUGUCCUUCCCUCUACCUGUAUACAGCUUCUAGACAGCAGUAACUGGAAGGAGAGGCUGGCCUGUAUGGAAGAGUUCCAAAAGGCUGUUGAACUAAUGGACCGAACUGAAAUGCCAUGCCAGGCAUUAGUGAGGAUGCUGGCCAAGAAACCUGGAUGGAAAGAAACUAAUUUUCAGGUGAUGCAAAUGAAACUUCACAUAGUUGCUUUGAUUGCCCAGAAGGGAAAUUUUUCCAAAACUUCAGCUCAGGUUGUAUUAGAUGGCCUUGUAGACAAGAUUGGAGAUGUGAAAUGUGGGAACAAUGCAAAAGAAGCUAUGACAGCAAUGGCUGAAGCUUGUAUGUUGCCAUGGACAGCUGAACAGGUUAUGUCAAUGGCUUUCUCACAGAAGAAUCCCAAGAAUCAGUCAGAAACUCUGAAUUGGCUAUCAAAUGCAAUAAAAGAAUUUGGUUUUUCUGGGUUGAAUGUCAAAGCUUUCAUUAGCAAUGUGAAGACAGCUCUUGCUGCAACAAACCCAGCUGUGAGGACUUCUGCUAUCACCCUGCUUGGUGUGAUGUUUCUGUAUGUUGGUCCCUCUUUGCGAAUGUUCUUUGAGGAUGAGAAGCCUGCCCUUCUAUCCCAGAUAGAUGCAGAAUUUGAGAAGAUGCAGGGACAAAGCCCACCUGCUCCAACCAGAGGGAUUUCCAAGCACAGCACAAGCGGUACAGAUGAAGGAGAAGAUGGAGAUGAACCAGAUGAUGGAGGCAAUGAUGUUGUUGAUCUUUUACCAAGGACAGAGAUCAGUGAUAAAAUCACUUCAGAGUUGGUUUCUAAGAUCAGUGACAAGAAUUGGAAGAUCCGGAAAGAAGGCCUAGAUGAAGUGGCAGGUAUUAUCAAUGAAGCAAAAUUUAUCCAACCGAAUAUAGGUGAACUUCCCACCGCCUUGAAAGGUCGACUCAAUGAUUCAAAUAAAAUCUUGGUGCAACAGACAUUGAAUAUCCUCCAGCAAUUGGCAGUAGCCAUGGGCCCAAACAUCAAGCAACAUGUCAAGAAUUUAGGCAUCCCUAUCAUCACAGUCCUUGGAGAUAGCAAGAAUAAUGUUCGAGCUGCUGCCCUAGCCACUGUGAAUGCUUGGGCAGAACAGACUGGCAUGAAGGAAUGGCUGGAGGGAGAAGAUCUUUCUGAAGAACUCAAAAAAGAAAAUCCUUUCUUGAGACAAGAGCUUCUGGGCUGGCUGGCUGAGAAACUACCUACUCUUCGUUCCACCCCCACAGACCUUAUCCUUUGUGUUCCUCAUCUCUACUCCUGUCUAGAAGACCGAAAUGGAGAUGUGCGGAAGAAGGCCCAAGAUGCUUUGCCUUUCUUCAUGAUGCAUUUAGGAUAUGAAAAAAUGGCCAAGGCUACUGGGAAGUUAAAGCCAACUUCUAAAGAUCAGGUACUGGCCAUGCUAGAGAAAGCCAAAGCUAACAUGCCAGCCAAGCCUGCCGCACCUGCUAGAGCAACUUCAAAACCAAUGGGAGGGUCAGCUCCAGCCAAAUUCCAGCCUCCAUCAGCACCUGUUGAAGAUUCUGUUUCCAACACUGUAGAACCCAAGCCUGAUCCAAAAAAGGCCAAAGCUCCAGGAGUUUCCUCUAAAGCAAAGAGUGCACAAGGAAAGAAAAUGCCAAGCAAAACCAGCCUAAAGGAGGAUGAAGACAAAUCUGGGCCUAUUUUUAUUGUUAUUCCAAAUGGGAAGGAGCAAAGGAUGAAAGAUGAAAAAGGAUUGAAGGUGCUGAAAUGGAAUUUUACUACCCCACGGGAUGAAUACAUUGAGCAACUGAAAACUCAGAUGUCUAGCUGUGUAGCUAAAUGGUUACAAGAUGAGAUGUUUCACUCAGACUUUCAGCAUCAUAACAAGGCUCUGGCUGUCAUGGUUGAUCACUUGGAGAGCGAAAAAGAAGGUGUUAUUAGUUGCUUGGAUCUUAUAUUAAAGUGGCUUACCCUGCGGUUUUUUGACACCAAUACAAGUGUCCUAAUGAAAGCACUAGAAUAUUUAAAACUGCUCUUCACCCUGCUAAGUGAGGAGGUGUAUCAUCUUACUGAGAAUGAAGCAUCUUCCUUCAUCCCCUAUCUCGUCCUCAAGGUUGGAGAACCAAAGGAUGUCAUUCGUAAAGAUGUUCGUGCCAUCCUGAACCGGAUGUGCCUUAUCUACCCAGCCAGCAAGAUGUUCCCCUUUAUCAUGGAAGGAACUAAAUCCAAAAACUCUAAGCAGAGAGCAGAGUGCCUGGAAGAACUGGGGUGUCUGGUCGAGUCCUAUGGCAUGAAUGUUUGCCAACCAACCCCAGGGAAAGCCUUAAAAGAGAUAGCUAUUCACAUAGGAGACCGUGACAAUGCUGUACGCAAUGCUGCUCUCAACACCAUUGUAACAGUGUACAACGUGUAUGGGGAUCAGGUGUUCAAACUGAUUGGAAAUCUUUCUGAAAAGGAUAUGAGCAUGCUCGAGGAGAGGAUUAAGCGGUCAGCAAAGAGGCCCUCUGCUGCACCAAUAAAACAGGUGGAAGAGAAACCUCAGCGUACACAGAGCAUAAGCUCCAAUGCCAACAUGCUGCGUAAGGGACCAGCUGAGGACAUGUCCUCCAAACUCAACCAAGCCCGAAGCAUGAGUGGACAUCCUGAGGCAGCCCAGAUGGUUCGCCGAGAAUUCCAGCUGGAUCUAGAUGAAAUUGAGAAUGACAAUGGUACAGUCCGAUGUGAAAUGCCAGAACUUGUCCAGCACAAAUUGGAUGACAUUUUUGAACCAGUCCUUAUUCCUGAACCCAAGAUCCGAGCUGUUUCUCCACACUUCGAUGACAUCUUGGAAAAUAAAUCUUGGAAUUUUUAUCAGAUCGAUGAAGUCCUGAGACAGGAAGACAAAGCCGAAGCUAUGUCUGGCCAUAUUGAUCAGUUUCUGAUAGCCACGUUCAUGCAGCUAAGACUCAUCUACAACACACACAUGGCUGAUGAGAAAUUGGAGAAGGAUGAGAUCAUCAAGCUGUAUAGCUGUAUCAUCGGCAACAUGAUUUCGCUGUUUCAGAUAGAGAGCCUGGCCCGGGAGGCAUCCACUGGAGUACUGAAAGACCUGAUGCAUGGCCUUAUCACAUUAAUGCUGGAUUCUCGGAUUGAAGAUCUAGAGGAAGGACAACAGGUGAUCCGCUCUGUGAACCUCUUGGUGGUGAAGGUUCUGGAGAAGUCAGACCAGACCAACAUCCUGAGGUAUAUCUGAACCCUAAAGCAGUAGAGUCUAGAACAGCCUCUUUUAUCUGCAUGUAGAAACCAGCAAAUCACUAGAUCAUGUCUUUGGAGAAUGGUUCGACUACUGCCUGAUACCAUCAAUAGCAUUAACCUGGACAAAAUUCUUCUGGAUAUCCACAUUUUUAUGAAGGUCUUCCCCAAAGAGAAACUGAAGCAAUGCAAAAGUGAAUUUCCCAUAAGGACCCUAAAGACUCUGCUUCACACCUUAUGCAAAUUAAAAGGUCCCAAGAUCCUUGACCACCUAACGAUGAUUGACAACAAGAAUGAGUCUGAGCUGGAGGCCCAUCUCUGCCGGAUGAUGAAGCACAGUAUGGACCAGACUGGGAGCAAGUUUGAUAAGGAAACAGAAAAGGGAGCAUCUCGAAUAGAUGAAAAAUCAUCAAAGGCCAAAGUUAAUGAUUUCUUAGCUGAGAUUUUUAAGAAGAUUGGUUCUAAAGAGAACACUAAAGAGGGCCUCGCAGAGUUAUAUGAAUAUAAGAAGAAAUAUUCAGAUGCCGACAUUGAACCAUUUCUGAAAAAUUCCUCACAAUUCUUCCAGAGCUAUGUUGAGAGAGGCCUUCGGGUGAUUGAGAUGGAAAGGGAGGGCAAAGGCCGAAUUCCCACUUCGACAGGGAUCUCUCCCCAGAUGGAGGUCACAUGUGUGCCCACUCCCACAAGCACAGUGUCCUCCAUAGGUAACACAAAUGGAGAAGAGGUGGGACCAUCUGUCUACCUGGAAAGGCUAAAAAUCCUCCGACAGCGAUGUGGCCUGGACAAUGCAAAGCAAGAUGACCGACCUCCUUUGACCUCUUUGCUCUCCAAACCAGCAGUUCCUACUGUCGCCUCUUCCACAGACAUGCUCCACAGCAAACUCUCUCAGCUCCGGGAGUCACGGGAGCAGCACCAGCAUUCAGACCUGGAUUCUAACCAGACUCACUCUUCAGGAACCAUGACCACAUCCUCCUCCACAGCUAACAUUGAUGACUUGAAAAAAAGACUGGAGAGAAUAAAGAGCAGUCGCAAAUGAAGCUGCUGCAUCCCCUGGCACCCUGCAGCUUUAGUUUACUAAACUAGAAGUCUUCAUAGUUUAAAGGGGCCUCAGCAGGCCUAGUGACACAGACUGGUUGUAUGUAUCAUGCCGUGGAGCUGGGGGAGGAGUCAUUGUGGCACAAGCAUUUGUACGUACUCCUCUUUUCUCCGUCAGCACCCGCCUCUCUAGAAGACUGUCUGUGGAUUAGUUUAGUGUACAGACUUGUAAACAGCCACCCUCCUCUCAGCUCAGACUAGUUUCCGUAUCCUUUUUCUUUUGUUUUAUUUUUAACUGCUCAUUGUAAAAUCAUCCUAAUCUUUCCUAGCUUUAACUAUUAGAAACUCUUUUAAUAGUUUUCCUUUCAGUUUGUGAGCUCUUCCCCCUGUAGCCCUGAAGGGUCAUUGUAUUCUGUAUGAAUGCAUGGCAUGAUACAACUAAUUUAAGAGUCUUUUAUAAAUAAAGUUUGCAUUAACUGUC